AUGAACAAAAUCAAUAUUUCAUUUCAAUCUGGCGUGUUCAAAGAAAUAAUUGCUGUAAGAAAUGAGAAAAUUUCAUUAAAAGAGCUUCGUGAGUUAGCGACAAAAUUCAUCCAAAAAAUUCAUUCAAAGUGUGGUUUUAACAAUGUGUUAUCCGAACAUUUGUUGCUAUACAUCCAUGAUAUCAAUACUGCCAAUAUUCUGCGGUUGAUCACUACAAAUGAUAAUAUUUACGAUGGAAUGCUAAUUGAAGUCGUAAUUGCUUCUCGUUCCUCUUAUCAGCAUUUCAUGAUGUACCACCAUGUGCUAUCUGUGCAUAGUUACAAAUCGCCAACAUUUUGCGAUUUUUGCGGUGAAAUGUUGUUUGGACUAAUGAAACAAGGCUUGAAAUGUCGAGGUUGUAAAUUGAAUUAUCACAAACGAUGUGCUUCCAAAAUUCCAAAUAACUGUAAUGGCUAUAAACAGCAAUUGUCACAAUCUCAUCUUCUGUCACUGGAAGAUUCUACUAAUAAGGUGUCACCAGACAUAUCAAUAACAACUGCAAAUGACAUCAGUUGCUGCAGUCGACCAACUUCUCCAAUUAGUCAAAAUAACUUUUUACAAGUCUCUCUGCAAGAACGCAGCAGUAGCUGGAGCGGUCGAUCUCCUUGGAUGAAAAUGUCCGAAUCUAUAUGGAUUAAAAUACCACACACAUUUCAAGUGCAUUCGUACAAGCGACCAACAGUAUGUCACUACUGCAAGAGGUUAUUGAAAGGUUUAAUACGACAAGGAUUACAGUGUCGUGAUUGCAAAUAUAAUUGUCAUAGAAAGUGCAUUGAAAUGGUUGAAAAUAAUUGUCACGGUAGUGGUACUAUAACGCAGAACACAGAAUUUGGAAUGCAUGAUAAAGAAUCUAUAAAAGUUAAUUUUGGUGGUAGCAUGAAGAAUCUACGGAUGUUCAGUGUUCCAUACGAUUCAGAAAAUCACAGUGAUGACAAUAUAUUUCUUUUAAAAUUCAAAAUUGUCCUCAGAUUUUAUGAUAAAGAUUUAGCCGUAACUUCAUAUAAAAGAUUGACAGAAGCACUUCAAAAUUCUGAUAACUCAACGACAACGAUAAAUUCACAUCGUGGUAGGGCUCAAACAAAUCCAAGUGCGCCCCUGCAAGCAACUGAUAUCAAAAAUGAUGAGCAAGAUGUAUCACGCAACGAUGACCUUCUCACCGAUUCACAGAAUAUUCCGUUGAUGCGAAUUGUCAUGUCAAAGAAGCAAACUAAGCCUUAUAAGGCCAAAGUAUUGCAGGAAGGUUGGAUGAUGCAUUACACCGAUCUUCAAUGCACGCGUAAAAAGCAUUACUGGCGUUUAGAUACAAAAGAAAUCAUUCUUUACAAAGACGAUUCAUCGACGAGGUUUUAUAAAGAAAUUCCGCUAAGUGAAAUAUUGGAUGUGAAGUACACUCCGGAUCAAAGUCUUGAAAGUACAGCUCAUUUUCUGGAGAUUCGAACCCGAAAAUUUGCAUACUACAUGAGUUAG